GUGCAAUAGGUGUCAAGGCAGACUAUCUGGACGUUUUCAAUCAAGACCUCAGGACGUCUACUCCUGCCACCGCGGUCCCAGAUCUACCAUUCAGCUCAGGCAGUUGCGCCUGACGAAAAGAAACAAACUGGCAGGACUUCACAUUUCUAGUCCUCAUCCACGCCUGGCUCUCUGAUCACAGAGCCUGAUAUACCUACGCGGACCGAGAUCUCACUUCCCCAUUCCAUGCGUCCAGAAGAUCUCCUGCGGUUCCUGUCUGUGCCAAAGAAGCCACGAUAACACGAGCACUUGCUUCACUCGAAACCAAAAUACAUAUACGAAUACGCUACGAACGACUCGCUCGUCUUCUCGGCCCAUCUCUCAAUUGACCCGAUACUUCCGCCGGGUAUCGGAGACCUAUCGAUCGACCUACUGAAGUCGGCAACAUUCCGCCACGCAAGAGCUCUUUUAUUCCCUUGAGCGCUCGACCUCCUUAACGUCCAUCUCGGUCGUUCCACGAAACCCCACGCAUCACCGCUUGUUGCUGGCGUAAGCCAGCCUCCAAGAAUCAAAGAAGGAGUGUGCCUUCUCUCUCAAGCGGACCUUGAAAAGUUGCUUGUGCAGCAGACAGCUACACAACUCAUUCCCCAACAGAAAGAGCUUGUUCUCGAGACGAAGGUCGAAAGUUCGAGGAUCAGUCGCUCCGAGUAGUCAAGAGCUUGGAGAUGGUCAACAUCGACAUUCCGCAACAUUACACCGGUUCGCCGUCUUCCUUGAGUGGUACGCCACACUUGACGAUCAAUCGAGACAUAACAGCUCUCGAUCUUGACUCCAGCAAUGCCUUUGAGGGGCCCGAGAAGCUGCUAGAAGUAUGGUUCAGCGCGUCGGAGAAGACGCUGCCAGCAUCUGCUUCUCCGCUCGGCUUGAAGGCUGUCUCGCAGGACUCAUGGAAGGAGAUGCUUGACUUGGUGAACUGCAAAGUCCUGUCGGUAAUCGAAUCUCGCAAUGUGGACGCGUACUUGCUGUCUGAAUCCAGCAUGUUUGUGUUCCCGCACAAGUUGGUGUUGAAGACCUGCGGCACCACGACCCUGCUCUGUGGGCUUCCCCGCAUGCUCGAGAUUGCUGCGCUCGAAGGUGGCUUUCCGCACGUCAAGACGAAUCUUCUUGAUGGCACUUCUGCGGCGGCCACGCCUCACCGCGUGUUCUACAGCCGCAAGAACUUUCUCUUUCCAACACAGCAGCGUGGUCCGCAUCGCAGCUGGCGAGAGGAGGUGCGGUACUUGGACAAAAUGUUUCUCGGAGGUAGUGCGUACAUGAUUGGGAAGAUGAACGGAGAGCAUUGGUAUCUGUACAUCACUGGACCGAACACCCAGCUCACCCCUCCUGCCACUCCGGAGGACGACCAUUUCCAGACCCCGACCCAGUACGUCGCACUCCCUGAGCAGGUCAAAGAGAUCUCCGACAAGCCAGAGGACGAAACAUUGGAGAUACUCAUGACCGAUCUGGAGGAGUCCAACGCUCGACAAUUCUAUCUCGAAGAUGCCAGUGAGAUCGCUCAGGACAAUGUCCGCCGCGCUCACCUCGCCCGCAAGGAUGCAAUUCAUCAUCUUGGCGUGAUUCCCGAAGGCAACGGUUCCUCGACUAGCAUCUCGGGAAACACCUUGGUCAGUGGGUGUAGCAGCCAAGCCGACGAUUCCAACUUUGAUGUCUUCGCGCAGACCUCCACCGAUCACUCCGGCUCCAGCUCCGACACCGAGGACGAACCACUUACCUUUGGCGAGGAGCUCAGCACCGAAGGCCAUACCCUUGGUACAGUCGUUACGGAAUCUUGCGGCCUUGCAGACCUCUAUCCGACGUCCAAGUACCCCGACGCUCGCAUUGACUCCUACCUCUUCACGCCCUGCGGCUACUCUGCCAACGGCGUUGUGCCCAUGCCGGGUGACGGCGAAUCCACUAGCUACUGGACUGUGCACGUCACUCCGGAACCACAGUGCUCCUACGCCAGUUUCGAGACGAAUGUGCCGACUCGUCACACUGGCCGCCAGACUGUGGACGUGGUGCAGCAGGUCGUGGGCAUCUUCAAGCCGGGACGGUUCAGUGUCACGCUGUUCGAAGCCAAAGAGGGCGAUGAGCAGGGCUAUGCGAAGAAGGACAAGCGGAUGGAUUUCGUGGAGGGGUAUCGUCGUGUCGAUCGCAUCGUUCAUGAUCUGGAGGGGUAUGAGUUGGUCUUUAGGUACUUUGAGAGGGAGGACUGGAAGAGCGGCGUCGCGCCUAGGAUUGGCGAGAGCAGCCCUUAG